AUGGACGUCAAGACAGCGUUUCUUAACGGCUCCCUCAACGAAGACAUCUACAUGGACCAGCCGGACGGAUACCUGGAUGCAACACAGCCGGACUAUGUGUGCAAGCUAAAGAGAUCACUCUACGGCUUGAAGCAAUCGCCUCGCAUGUGGAACCAAACAAUCGAUGGGUUCAUGAUCAAGAUGGGAUUCAAGAAGUGCGAAUCGGACCACUGCAUCUACAUCAAGCGAGACGACCAAGACAUGAUUCUCGUGGUGCUCUACGUCGAUGAUCUCAUCCUGGCCAGCAGCAACAACGAACUCCUCAAGUCGACCAAGAUGGCGCUGAGCAAACGCUUCGAAAUGACGGAUCUCGGUGAGCUCGAUUACUUUCUCGGCAUGGAGAUCAAGAACGACCGUAAGACGGGAAUGGUGACUGUACAACAAACCAAGUUUCUCAAGUCCGUGUUAACCAAGUUCGGAAUGGAUAACAGCAAGCCAGUGAAGACGCCUCAAGAUCCCGGCCUGAAGCUAACCAAGAACAUGUGUGAACAAGAAUGCAAGCACGAAGACACCAUGUGCAACGUGCCAUAUCGAAGUGCUGUCGGAGGCAUCAUGUAUCUCAUGGUCGCCACACGUCCGGAUCUAGCUGCUGCAGUGGGAUCAUUAUCCCAGUUCUCGUCCGACCCAUGCCCGACUCACUGGCAAGCUUUGAAGCGUGUGCUGAGAUACCUGCAAGCAACGCCCAAUCAUGGUCUUGAGUUUACACGUGAAGAAGGAAGCCGUAUCUGCGGGUACACCGACGCAGACUGGGCCGGCGACAUUGAGUCAAGACGAAGUACAAGCGGCUAUGUGUUCAUGAUGAGCGGAGGAUGCAUCAGCUGGAAAAGCCAGAAACAACGGACGGUCGCGCUAUCUUCAACAGAAGCAGAAUACAUGGCGCUUUCCGAAGCAACCAAAGAAGCAGUAUGGCUCAAGGUGCUUUUGGGGGAACUUGGUGAGAUGACAAGCGACGAAGCGAUCAAGAUGUAUGAAGACAACCAAGGAUCAAUCGCUCUCGCCAAGAACCCGGAGUUCCAUAAGAGAACAAAACACAUCGACAUACGCUACCAUUUUGUGCGUGAGAAGGUGGAAUCAGGUGAAGUCGUUUUGGAGUAUUGCCCGACUCAAGAUAUGCUGGCAGACAUGAUGACCAAGCCGAUCGCCGCUGUACAAUUUGAAAACAUUCGCGAUCGACUUGGGAUCCAAGGUGCCGCAGCUAACGAGUCGAGAGGGAGUGUUGAAAAGACAGCGGCUGUGAAGAAGACACCUCGUCAAGCUGCGUCAAGUGUUGAAGCAAGUGGAAGACCAAGCUUCGCUAUACCGGUGGGUACCGGUAUGUACCAGUAA